AUGAAGGCAGCUAAAAGGUGGAGCGUAGGAAACCUAGUGUCAUUACCUGGAGCUCGCCACCGUGUUCCUGCAAGAAGACGACUAUGGAUCAUCAUGGCGCUUUCACUGAUCAUCAUGACGCUUUCACUGAUCACAAUGUUGGCUAUAAUGGCUUACAUGUACCCUCAUAACAGCAAACGUGCUUGUUAUAUGGUUUCUUCAAGGGGAUGCAAGGCUUUAUCUGACUGGCUUCAACCUCUUCCAAGGGAGUAUUCAGAUGAUGAGAUUGCUGCAAGAGUAGGAUUCCAAGAUAGCAUUCAUGUUCUUGACGCCUGGUCCAUUGCCUUUUGA